GACUAGCCUCUUUUUUUUCAGUUUGUUCACGCCCAGAAAAGAAACCUUUGAUUAAGCGAAACUUCGAAAUUUCCGACAUCAUUGAAGGCAGCAUUUAGCAUUGUGUGUGAAGGCAGUUAGGAGACUACUUGAUUUUGCUUUAGUCGCUCAGUUGGCCGUUGGUCAGGCGUUAUCAUGUUUUACAUUAGCCUCACCGUGAAAAAGCCGCUACUCAGCGAUGUUCAGACUUAAGGACGAAGGGGGGGGAGAUGACAAGCAACAGCAACCACUUGGUGUCCAGAAACCAAGCAGUUGUAGGUAGAGUCAAAUCCCGGAACUUGAAACGAAGAUGGCAUCAAGAGGAGGCUUCACGGGUCCCCCGAUGAAUCCGAAUAUGAACCCCAUGAAUGUUGGGCAUUCAGCGGGCAUGAGGAUGCCAGGAAUGCCGCAACCUUCGGCGGGAUACCCCCGGAGCAUGAACAGCGCUGCUCAGUACCUCCAGCGCCCAGGGAUGCCUCCCAGUAGGGUGGGGGGCCCCAUGGGGUCAAUGGCGGGCCAGCUGCCUGGUCCCUCUUACGGUGGUGGGAACAUGCCCAUGCGGCCAGGCAUGGGGCCUCCAAGCAUGGACGCCUCGAGGAAGCGGUUUCUUCAUCAGCAUCAACAUCAGCAGCAAGACGCAUUGGGAGGAGGCCUCAGACGAGGAGCAAAAAGACGCAAGAUGGCAGACAAGGUUCUCCCACAGCGGAUCAGAGACCUGGUCCCAGAGUCCCAGGCCUACAUGGACCUCUUGGCCUUUGAGAGGAAACUGGAUCAGACCAUCGCCCGAAAGCGUAUGGAGAUUCAGGAAGCCAUCAAGAAGCCCAUUAUGCAAAAACGCAAACUCAGGAUCUACAUUUCCAACACAUACACACCCAGCAAGCCUGAGGGCGAGGAGGCAGAGAAGGUGUCCUCCUGGGAGCUGAGAGUGGAGGGCAAACUUCUGGAGGAACCUGGCAAGCAAAAGAGGAAGUUCUCAUCUUUCUUCAAGAGCCUGGUGAUUGAGCUAGAUAAGGAGCUCUAUGGACCUGACAACCACUUAGUAGAGUGGCAUAGAAUGCCCACCACUCAGGAGACAGAUGGUUUCCAGGUUAAAAGACCCGGUGACGUGAAUGUUAAAUGCACCCUAUUGCUCAUGCUUGACCACCAGCCCCCUCAAUACAAACUGGACCCGCGGCUGGCUCGUCUUCUGGGUGUGCACACGCAGACACGGGCCAGCAUCAUGCAAGCUCUCUGGCUCUAUAUCAAGAACAACAAGCUGCAGGACGGUCAUGAGAAGGAGUACAUUAACUGCAACCGCUAUUUCAGACAAAUCUUCGGCUGUCCUCGCAUGAGGUUCUCCGAGAUUCCCAUGAAACUGGCGGGCCUGCUGCAGCACCCUGACCCCAUCAUUAUCAAUCAUGUCAUUAGUGUGGACCCCACAGAUCAGAAGAAGACAGCUUGUUACGACAUCGAUGUGGAGGUGGAUGACCCACUGAAGGGCCAAAUGAACAGUUUUUUGUCCUCAACAACCAACCAGCAGGAAAUUGCUGCUCUGGAGAUGAAGAUCCACGAGACGAUUGAGUACAUUAACCAGCUAAAGACUGAGAGAGACUUUAUGCUGAGCUUCAGCAAUAAUCCACAGGACUUCAUUCAGGACUGGCUCAAGUCUCAGAGCAGAGAUCUUAAGUUGAUGACAGAUGUGACAGGAAACCCAGAGGAAGAAAGGAGGACUGAGUUCUACCAGGCACCCUGGGUACCCGAGGCAGUGGGCAGAUACAUUUACUCCAAAGUGCAACAGAGAAGACAAGAGUUGGAGCAGGUGUUGGGUAUCCGACUCACCUAAAGACAUUUCAGAGGAGUCACAGCCAACUUAGGUUUACACGUGAAAUGUUAAUUUCUUCUCAAUUAAAAAUGGAAUUAGCUUUGAAAGACACAAGCUAAUGUUGCAGUUUAAGUCAACACAAAGCCAUCCUCACUGAAAUGGUAUGAGAUACCAGCUUCUAAGUGGGAUGCAUAUCUUUGUCGUUCCCAUUGAUAAUCAUUUUAAAAUCAACAGAGCUUAUGGGACCAAAGAGGUUAUUUACAUGUCCUUAAUAAUAUGCCUGUUCAGAUAAUCUUUGCCUUUUUUUGCAGUAUGUUUUGUUUAUGGUACAAUACAUUUAAAAUUUUGUAAGCAUUGGUGCUGUUUAGGUGUUUUUCACCAUCACUUUGUGUGUUGUUUUGAGAGGGGUUCUGUUUACCUUCACUUUUUAAAGCCAUACCUUUUAAGAUAGGAACAAUACCUGAUGUCUGGUAACAUCUCAAUAAACAAGAAUUGGGAGGCAUGGUAGACUUAAGCUUUUCAUUCCAAAAUAUAUAUAUAUAUAUCAAAAGUACAUUCAGAAAACUGUUAAUUUUUAUCCUCAAAAAACAUAAGAAUUCUUAAGAUGUCUUACAUCUUAGAUAAGAGGCCUUUUGGUGCCAAUAAUAAUUCUGCGGGUUUUGGUGCUGUUUUAUAUUGGUGGAUAUAUCAUUUGAAAUGAAAAAUUUCUUUGCUUUGUAAGAAACCAGGAUUUCCAGGAAAGCUCUUCUCUGGGAAGAGAUUGAGCUCCUUAAUUGUAAAUGGACAUGAAUCCACUCUAUCCAGCUGUAAUUAAACAUUUUUUAUCUUUUACUUCUUGAAUGUUUACAUGCUGUUUUAAUUUGUUAAUGUGGUUUCUCAUUGUUUUAAUGCCAGGAAGAGGAACUGUGGCAGGCUCUUUGGGUUGAAGGGUUCUUCUUGUAAGAUUCAUACCACCCAAGAAGGUUAACUGGUAGUAAUAAUACAGGAAUGCAGUUGUAGUGUGUCAACUAAACAAUGCACCAAAUUGUUGUGUGCUGUUGUAUGAGAAGACCUCCAGAGUUCCUUUAAACAUUCCAUGUUGACAGAUAUCGCUGUGCCAAAAUUUGUUUUGUGAAGAAGGCACUUAGAAUUUGAGAAAUGUUGUGUGUGCAAAUGUUUUUUGUACAGCCUCUUUGUAAAAUGUUUGCAUGUUGUGUAUCAAAGGCCUUUAUCUUUUAUACAU